CUUUCAACCAAUAGCAGGGAAUGUUUUCUGCAACUAGGUUUGCUGAGCUGAGUGAAACCAUAGUACAGAGUUGUCCGCUAAAGAUGUCCGACAAUGCUGAGUCUCCAACAGAAACACAGAAAGAAGAACUACAUUCACCGUCAGAAAACUCCGCGACUAGUGAAGAGAAGAAAAAAAUUGAUGUGCUGUUGAAGGCUGUGGGAGACACUCCUAUAAUGAAAACAAAGAAGUGGGCAGUGGACAGGGGGAGGACGGUACAGUCCCUCGCUCAGUUCAUUUCUCGCUUCCUCAAACUUGAUGCCAACGAACAACUGUUCAUUUAUGUUCAUCAGUCAUUUGCACCAUCGCCAGAUCAGGAAGUGGGAGUCCUCUUUGAUUGCUUCGGCAGCGACGGGAAGCUAGUUCUGCAUUAUUGUAAAUCUCAAGCAUGGGGUUAACUUCUUCUUUCGAUAUUUACUGUCUUUCAUUUUGUAUGUAAAUACACUGUAAAUAAAUAAUUGUAAACAUUUU